UGAAUUAUCCAGUAGGCGGACAGGGUGCAAACAGCUCGGCUUCGCAGUUUCGUACCGCUGCCAACCAAUUGGCCACCCCUCAGAGAUCCCUCGAGACCUCGAGAGAAAAUAGCUACGAGAGGGACGAUCAUCAGAUUCCAGCUACAGUCGGUGGGAGGCUAGCUCCGAGUAAUUACGGUGGCUACGGUGGAUCGGGCCACAGUCCACGAUAUGACGAGCCGUAUCCCGAAGAGGGUCCACCGCAAAGGUAUUCUCAGUCUCAGCACGCUUCAGAAUCUUCCGAGCCACUCUUCUACAAUAGUAGACCAAGACACUAUAAGGAGUACAGACGACGGAAGCACACGUGGGAUUACGAGGACAGCCAAGAUGGUUGGUACAGCGAGGGUUACGACUACCACGGCACGAGAGUCGACGAAACGAGGAUCUACAGCGACACAGAGUACUAUCCGAGUACCACGACGAGCACUUCGAGACGACGAGGCCCUUACAGAAGACCGUCUUUGGAAAGACAGAUGACUUUAUACGAUGAUCAUUCUUACUACACUGACGGAUAUAGCAGCGACGGGAGAGUGGGGAAAAUGAGCGCCACGUAUCCUGAAUGCCAAACGGACAUUAGGUACAAUGAGUAUUACGAUAGCACCACGGGAUAUGGUUAUCAAGA